UAUACGUAGAGAAAGAGAGAUAGAGAGAGAGAGAGAGAGAGAGGCGUACGCACAUAAUUGAAGAGUGCGGGGCAUCACAGUGCUAACUGCUAACUGCAAAUGGAGACCAUAGUCCUCUACCCUUCUCCCGGCAUGGGUCACGUUAUCGCCAUGGUUGAGCUCGCAAAGUUCAUCCUCCGCCGCCGUCCUUCCACCGCCAUCGCCGUCCUCAUCGCUCCUCCCUCCUUCAACACCGGAUCCACCGCAGCCUACAUCCGCCGCAUCUCCGCCACUGUACCUUCCAUCACCUUCCACCACCUGCCCCAAGUUACCGUCCACGACUUCUCCUCCUUCCCCUCCAUGGAAUCCGUCAUUUUCCACGUCCUCCGCCGCAGCAACGACGCCGUCCGCCGUACGCUCGAACAGAUUUCUGCAUCCGCCGCCGUCUCCGCCUUCAUCAUCGAUUUCUUCUGCCCCUCCCUCGCCAUCGCUAAGGAGCUCAGAAUCCCUACCUACUAUUUCAUCACCUCCGGUGCAUGUAUUCUCGCUUUUUUCCUCUGUUUGCCUGAAAUUGAUGAAACUACGACUGAGAGCUUUAGAGAUAUGAACACGAGCUUGAAUGUUCCGGGGAUUCCGGCGAUUGUUCCGGCGAAGGACAUGAUUCUGCCUCUUCUCGACCGCGAUUCUUCUGAUUAUGAUGAUUUUGUGAAAUUUAGCUUCGAUUUGGUGAAAUCGGAUGGAAUAAUUGUGAAUACCUUCGAAAACCUAGAAACGAAAGCUCUCAGAUCCAUACGAGAGGGGAAAUGCAAUCCUGGCGGCCGUACGCCGCCGGUGUACUGCGUCGGACCGUUAUUGGAUUCCGACGGUCACCACGGCGGCGAUAAUGAGUGUCUCCGGUGGCUGGACGGUCAGCCGGAGAGAAGCGUCGUUUUCUUAUGCUUUGGAAGUUUAGGUUUGCACUCGGCGGAGCAGUUGCGAGAAAUCGCCGGCGGUUUGGAGAGGAGCGGCGAGAGGUUCCUAUGGGUGGUGCGGUCGCCUCCGACGGCGGAUCCGAGGAAGCGGUUCGAACCGCCGCCGCCGCCGGAGUUGGAGAGGCUUCUGCCGGCCGGUUUUCUCGAGCGGACGAAGGACAGGGGGUUCGUGGUGGAGUCGUGGGCGCCGCAGGUGGCGGUGCUCAACCACGGCGCCGUCGGCGGAUUCGUGACUCACUGUGGGUGGAAUUCUGUGCUGGAGGCGGUCUGCGCCGGAGUUCCGAUGGUCGCCUGGCCGAUUUAUGCGGAGCAGAAGAUGAACAGAGUGGUGAUGGUGGAGGACAUGAAAUUGGCGGUGAGUAUGGAAGCGGCGGCGGACGGAUUUGUGGCGGCGGCGGAGGUGGAGAGGCGAGUGAAGGAGGUGAUGGAGGCGGAGUCGGAGGUCAGGAAAGUGGUGGAAGUUAUGUGUCAGGAGGCUAAGGCCGCCGUUUCCGACGGCGGUUCUUCCAUUGCUGCGCUUGAGAAGCUCCUGGACCUCUGGACUUCCAGAGGUAAGUGAUUAUUUCAUUAGGAACUCCACUGCACGCGCCUUCACGGGCCCUCACAAUCUCACGCGUAUCACACUAUUUUAUCCCUAUUUUGUUUUGUGUAGAUGAUUUUUCAGAUAAUUUAAACUGAAUUUUUUUGUGAGUUAUUUAAGAAGUAUAAAAAUAAUAAAUAUAUGUAAUAAAUAUUUUGAAAAAAUAUUUUAUUUGAAAUAAGACAGUAAGUAUAGAAUAUUUAGGUAUUUGAACGGUAUGUUUGUUAAUUUGUUUGUAAGUUUGGACUGGUUUAUUAUUAUAAUAUCUAUUAUUAUUUAUUUUAAAUAAUUUUAAAUUUUGGGUUUGCUCA